CUAACUAAUCAAACUGAUCUGCGAAUCUGGAUUAGGCCCAAGGGGAACCGGGUGUAACACCGAAAAAAAAAACUAACUAAUCAAACUACCAAUACUAAACAACUUCCACUAGUUAGAUGUUCCUCCAAAACGCCUCCAUUUGUGUCAAAAAUUCGUAGACUAGUCGCUAUUAUUCUCAAGUAUUCCAUGCUUAUUGAGCCACUGCCGCAUUUGUUUAGUUUGGCAUUCUCAAGAUUUUGGUUGAAACAUGACUGAUGGAACCUCAUUACAACAAGCAAUGGGGGAUUUACAUAUACCCGAAAUUGUGCCUUUUGACCCAACCAAGAAGAAGAAGAAGAAGAAGAAGAAGAAGAAGAAGAAGAAAGUUGCCAUCCAACAAAAUGUGGAGAGAGAUGAUUUUUCGCGAUGUCUUGAAUGAAGGUGGAAGAAAUUUCUUUCUUGGUUUAACAGAGAACAAAGGAUCAGAAGGAACCAGUAAAUUGCUUAGCUAUGAUUCUGAUGCUGCAGGAGCCAUGUAUGUACAUCUUGGUGAGGAGGAUGGGGAAGAAGAUUUGGUUAUUCAACAAUCUGGGUACCCUUUGGAAGGAAAUGAACGUGAUUAUGAGUAUAAAGAGCUGCUACAAAGAGUGUAUAGUUUUCUGCUGGAACAUAAUCCUCAGCUUGCUGAAGAUAAGCGAAGGUCAGUUUUAAGGCCACCACUAAUUUUCUCAGAAGGCUCCACACAGACAGUCUUCGUCAAUAUCAUGGAUCUAUGUAAAACGAUGCAUAGGCAACCGGAACAACUUAUAAAUUUCCUGUUAAUCAAACUGGGCACUAGUGGAUCAUUAGAUGAGGAUAACAGAUUGAUUAUUAGGGGAAGAUUUGCUCCUAAAAGUUUAGAAGAUUUAUUGCAAAGAUAUAUCAAUGAAUAUGUCCUUUGCAGUAUUUGUAGAACUCCAGACACAAUUCUUUCAAAAGAAAACCACAUUUUCCUUCUCCAGUGUGAGCUGUGUGGUUCUGAACUAUCUGUGGCUCCCAUAGGAGCUGGUAACGGUAUUCGCUCAGAGCGUAGGAAAACUGGAACGUAAACUGCAGUGAUUAUCUUCUGCAGUUUGCGGCAGUUACACAGUAUAUUACUUUUUCCUGCUCACCUGAAGCUCUGAUUUCAUCCCUUUGAAUACAAUUUAAAUGCACUGGUUUGGAAUUAAGAAAGUGAGCACUUUGGAAGGUUGAAAUACAAGAGCUUGCGACAUUAUCCAGGUCUGCAAGGUUGCAUCAUACAAAGGCCUCGAGAUGAGCAUCUUAAACAGUUUUCCCUGGCUGUAAUCGAUUCCUCUGGGUUCAGUUUGCAAGAAAUUUUUUUGUUUAAAACACUGACUCGAGAACAAUCCUAGAUUAUCUUGCCAAUUUCAAUGCAGAGCAUCCUCUGUGCAUCAUCCGAGUACUAUUUUGCUACUCAUAUUGGUGCUAUUAUAUCUGCUAAUUUAGAGCUGUAUAAUAGAUAUUGCAUUCACCUAAAUCUAGUUACACUUGGGUGCAUAAUAGAUGUUGCAGUUUUGGUGUCA